AUGGCUAAAAAGCGAUCGAGAUCAAGGUCUCGGUCCAGAUCGAGGGACCGUAAGAAGACCAAGGACAAGGGGAAGCGGGGCAGAGAUGGGUCUCCGAAAAGAUCGGACCGCGACAGGGGGGACCGAGGUCGCAGCGACCGCGAUCGCGACAGAGGGCGAGACAGGGACAGGGACAAGAAGAGGGGGCGCAGCCGCUCCAGGUCGAGGUCCAGGUCUCUCGACCGGAAGCGUCGCGAGCGGGAUAGGAAGGAGCGGGAUCGGAGAGACCGAGACAAGCGCGGCAGUUCUCCCCGGCGAGGAGAUCGAGAUCGCGACAAUAGGGAUAGGGAUAGAGAUCAUCGGGACAGAGGGAAGCAGGACCGCGCCUCCGCCAAGGACAGCAAGGGCAAGGACCAGGACGCCAGCAAGCCGACUAAGGACAAGCCCAAGGCAGCGGCCGCGGGGGGGGGCGGGGUCGACCUGCUCUCCAAGCUCGCGGCCAUCAACGCCCGGGUGACCGGAAAGCCUGCUGUUGCGCCGGCGGCGGCCGCGGCAGUCCUCGGGGCUACCGGUGCUGCCACCGCCUCCCUCGGCGCGCAGCCCGCUGUCUUGGCUGCUGCGGCACUGGGCGCAUCCGCCGUCAGCAUUGCUCAGCAAGCUCCCGCUGUUGUGUCCCCGGUGUCUGCGGAGGCUCCGGGGACUGGUGCCGGCGGCGGCGGCGGCGGCGGCGGUGCUAAGCUUGAGGCCUCUCUGCUGGCAAACCUGAAGAAAAAGAUCAAGGAGAAGGCGGCGGCGCCCGAGAAGCUCAAGACGACGGGAGUGUCGUUCCAGGCGGUGGAAGAGGAAACCCCUCCACCGCCCACGGAGGGAUCAGCCCCCAGCAUCAAGCUUGCCCUCGGGAAGCCGAUCGGCGGGAAGCCAUUAGGCGGCAAGACGCUGGGCAAGAAGAAGGGAGGCUUCGGGUUUGGUCGGAAGGCGGCCGGCAAGAACAAGCCGGGAACCAGCAAGAAGCACGCGGGAUGGGCGGACGAUGAAGAAGAUUCCGAGGAAGAUGGAGAGGACGACAAGACCUUCUUCGGCAUGGGCAAGGGCAGCGACGAUGAUGACGGCGGCAAAAAGGGGCUCCAGGGCAUCCCACCGUGGGAACAGCCCGAGCCCUCGUCGCUUACCAGCAAUGGCGGGGGCUCCGCGGUUGCUAGUUCGGGCGCUGCGGGUGGGGGGGGGGCAGCCGGCGAAGCAGAGCCGAUCGCCGGUAAUGGGACGGCCGGCGGUGCGGGAGGCGAGGACGAUGACGAGGCCGACCCUCUCGACGCCUUCAUGACGGGACUCAAGGCCCCUUCGGACAACAUGAGUGCCGCCUUUGGCGCGGGGGACAUGACAUCGGCGGCGGCAGCGAACAACGCCGCAAGCGGCGGGGCCCCCGACGUGAGCGGUAUCCUGGGGAACACGAUAUCGCUGGACGAGAUCAUGCGGGCGACGAAGACCAACGAGACGUGGGAAUCAGACGUUAUGGAGUCAGAGUCCGACGUUGGAGGGUCGGAGGAGGAGGACUACGGUAAGGCCUUCGACUUGGCGGACGAUGAUGAUGACGACGGCGACAAGGAGGACGAAACCGAACCCAGCGACGGGGAAUACGUGAUCCCCAUCAGACCGAUACGAAAGGUGAAGCGAAAGAACGGCCGCAAGUACUACCCUCCCUCGGAGUUCGUGCCGGCAGACGUGGGUCCCGAUGGGAAGGUGGUAGUCCCGGUGAAGGCGGAGUCGUCGUUCAAAGAGACGGCGGAGGAGCGAAGGAAGAGGGAGGCGGAGGAGGAGAGGGAGGAGUCGGAGCGGAAGGAGUUCAUGGAGAACUUCCGCAAGGCUCGGGAGGAAGAGGAGGCUAACAGGGCCGUCAAAGCGGCUAAGAAGCAGCGGGAAGACGACGUGGCGGAGGAGGAUGCGAGGAGAAAAGAGGAAAAGCUGGGUCGAGUGUUCGCGGGCGAGGGGGACGUCAUGGAGGAGUAUGAGCGGGAUAAGGUCGAGCAAGACGCCUUGCAGCUGCUGCAAGACUCGAUGAAAAAGAAGGAGCUCAAGCCCGUGGACCACAGCAAGAUCAGCUACAUCAGCCUCCGCAAGAACCUGUACAUCAUCCCGAAGGCUCUAGCCAUGGCCUCCGAGGAGAAGAAGGAGAACGACAGACUAGAGCUAGAGAUCAAGGUUAGAGGGAAGGGCUGUCCGCCGGUGUUGCACUCGUGGGAGCAGUGCGGCUUCAGCGACAGGGUGCUGGCGGUCAUCCGACGGAACAACUUCGAGCCGGUGCUCGGCGAGGGGGAGGGUCCCAUCGGUCUCAUCAUGGCUCCUGCCCGAGAGCUAGCCGUACAGAUCUACAACGAGGCCCGGAAGUUCACCAAGGCCUUGGGCCUGAGGGUGACCGCGGUGUACGGCGGCGCCGGGGUGGCGGAUCAGAUCGCUGAUCUUAAGCGUGGCGCCGAGAUCGUGGUGUGCACCCCUGGCAGGAUGAUCGACAUCCUGACGAUGCAGGCCGGGAAGCUGGUGUCUCUCGACAGGGUGUCGUUCGUGGUGCUGGACGAGGCGGACCGGAUGUUCGACAUGGGGUUCGAGCCGCAGAUCAAGAUGAUCCUGCAGAACGUGAGGCCGGACAGGCAGACGGCGCUGUUCUCGGCAACGUUCCCGAGAACGGUCGAGACUCUGGCGAAGAGGGUCCUGAAGAUGCCGCUCGAGAUCAUCGUCGGCGGCAGGAGCAUCGCCAGCUCCGACAUCACCCAGCACGUGGAGAUCAGGGACGACGACGACAAGUUCAUGCGGCUGCUGCAGCUGCUGGGCGUGUGGUACGAGAAGGGGAACAUCCUGGUGUUCGUCGACACGCAGUCCAAGUGCGACACCCUCUUCCAGGACCUCUCGCGGGCGGGGUACCACGGGCUGUCGCUCCACGGCGGUAAGGACCAGACGGACAGGGACUUCACAAUCGCAGACUUCAAGAACAAGUCUGCAACGCUGAUGGUGGCGACAAGCGUCGCCGGAAGGGGUCUCGACGUUCCUGAUCUGGUGUGCGUCAUCAACUAUUCGUGCCCCAACCACUUGGAGGACUACGUCCACCGUGUGGGGAGGACGGGGAGAGCCGGGCGUAAGGGCACGGCGUACACGUUCAUCAGCGCGGAGGAGGAGAAGCACGCCCCCACGCUCAUCAAGGCCCUCACGCAGUCCAAGCAGAAGAUACCGCCGGAGCUGGUGAAAAUGGCCGAAGAAUUCCAGGGCAAGGUGGACAGCGGGCAGGCUCGCAAAGCCAGCAGUGGUUUCUCCGGCAAGGGCUUCACCUUCGACGACUCAGAGCAGAGCGAAUCGCAGCAGAUGCGAUCUCUCGAGAAGCGGCAGUACGAGAUUGAGCAAGGCCUGCGAGACCCAUCGGAGCUCCUGGGCGGCAAGGAGAAGGGUGAGGAAGGGGACGAGGGGGACGAGGAGGAGAGCGAGGCGUCCAAGGCGGCAAGAGCCGAGAACCUGACCAAGGCAGCCAUCACGGCGGCGAGCAAGCUCCUCAAGUCCACCGACGAGGUGGAGAGGAUGAAGGGGGCGGCGAUGAUGACCGCGGCAAAGCUAGGCCUGGCAGUGCCAAGACCAGAGCCGGGCGGGGAGGGCAAAGACGGCAAGCCCAAGACCCCUCAGGAGGCUCUCAAGGAGGCAGCGGCGAUCGCUUUGAGAUAUUUCAGCCCGGAUGGAAAGGGGCCCGACUCGGAGCCAACCCACUUCACGGACAAGAUCGUGAUCAACGACUUCCCUCAGCAGGCUCGGUGGAAGAUCACGCAGAAGAGCACAGUCAACGAGGUCUACGAAAUGACGGGCGUCGCCAUCAUUACCAAGGGCAUGUACAUCGGCAACAACCAAAAGCCCAAGGAAGGGGAGGAGAAGCUGCACCUGGUGAUCGAGGGCAAGAGCGAUAUAGACGUACAGGCCGGCAUCAGCGAGAUUCGAAGGAUUUUGAACGAAGAGACGAUGAAGGUGGCGUCUUCCUCAUCGUUCUCAUCUGGAAAAUACUCGGUCAUCUAGGCAGCGGCGGCGGAACCGGUGCUCUUCUUCGGUUGCCGUGGUCCCAGUCUCCACGCUCGAGACGGCGUGUGAAUACGCGUGUGUUGAACUGCGAGGGCACGAUUUUUCUCGCGCGUACGCGUCUCAGUCGGGGCUAUAUUGGGAAGGGGGUAGACACGGUGGUUGUCGCGCCUGCUGCUGCUGUGCUACUGGUGUCGUGGUCGUUGCGGUGCUUGGCGGCUAUUCUUGUGCGGUGUGUGGUUGUUAUUUGUACCGUAGAGGGGGAAGCGUUGUGUUGUUUAAUCUGUGGGCGUUUCAUCUUGGAAAAUCAUUCGCAUUUAGGUUGUUAUCGUAACUCGUAUCAAGGUUUUGCGGUACCGCGUCGUGUAGGCAUCAGCUUGGGUGGGCAGGAUGGGCAGCUAGUACCUAGCCCUGUAGCUGCUGCGCUGUGCUGUUGAAGGCAAGCGUGGCUGUAUGUGCGCUUGCUCGGAUGGUUGUUGUGUGUUCUGAUAUUAACAAGUAGGCAGUGGAUGCUUUCUCGACGAGCACGUGGAACGGAAGGCGGGCCCUCAAAGCUCAUCUUGACGAGAUGAUCGAACUGUGGCCAAUGCCUCAUGCCAAAUCUCGCCGAUUUCGCAAAACAGCCCGCAGGACUGAAAGCAGUGAUCUGAGCGACCGAGAGGCUGGAGCGAAGACAGAGAACGGCACUCCAUCGCUUCUGCUCCGCACAACGCAAACGGUAUGCAACGGAUAAACAGAGGGUUAUCUGUUUAGUGCCGCGCCGUCUGGCGAAAUAGUGUUCUGGGAUGCUGAUCCGAGCAAUCAGGGCGGGCUGAUGUGUUCGGCUUCGCUUCUGUUCCCCUUGUAUUGGGCCAUGAUCUUUCUGUUUUUAUUGUAGCUGUACCCCGCGUCGUACAAAGUCAAUUUUGUUACUUUCU